AUGUUUGACGUUAAUUACAGAGUUAGACAUAUUCGCACAUACAAGCCCAGUUACUCCCCACCUCUUCCAUCUCUCGUAUACACACCAUCAGCAGGAGCUACAUGUGGUGUGAACAUGGAAAUCGGCGAGCAGUACCUUUUGUCAGGAAGUAGACAAACUGAUGGUAGCCUGCAUACCUAUCUCUGUGGACAAAUCAGUGACGAAGGUUUUGGUGGGCUUGCCCCGUGGAGAACCAUCUCACCAGCUCUUCGUGCAAAUCUGACUAAGUUUGAAUGCAAGAAAUAA